UCCACUCGUUUCAGCUUCCCCGCGCUACCUCCCCUUCUUCGUUCGCGAAGCCGUUCGUUUCUUCCAUACCAUUCUACUUUCUACGCAAAGCCAACCGGCACCUUUGAUCCUGGACCUUGGAUUGUUUCUGGUACACCGGCCGUCAGUCGUUAUCAGGACCCCCGGAUUCAAGAUCCCGCCUCUCCUCAGGACCCUUAGGCCUCUUUUCGCUUCCUGCAGUUGGCCUUUAGCGUGGUCAUGCCAAUGAUCUAAAAAUCUACCAUCAGUACUUCAGAUUUCAGCUGGGAUUUCAGCCUCCAUGGGUAAAUGGCAUUACGGUAUCGUCCUGGAUGCAGGCUCAUCUGGGACUCGAGUUCACGUCUAUCGGUGGCUGGAUAAUGCGGUUGCGCGCAAAGAGUCCGGUAAACACAACCUCAAAUCGCUUCCAGAAAUCAAAACAAAGUCAGACUGGGUGAAGAAGAUACAUCCCGGAGUUUCUACAUUCGCUGAUCGGCCGGAGGAAUUUGGCCCCGAACACCUGGCCGAGCUCCUCGAUUUCGCCCGUGAUAUUGUGCCUGAUGAUGCGAUUAAAGAGACGCCGAUUUUCUUACUCGCCACGGCUGGGAUGCGAUUGGUGGAAGACGUGAAGCAAAAACUUCUGCUAGAUCAUAUUUGCUCUUACGCUCGUGAAAACUAUGACUUCGCGCUGCCCGACUGCAAUUUGCAUAUUCAAGUUAUUCCCGGUGUCACCGAAGGGUUGUAUGGUUGGGUUGCUACAAAUUACCUGCUUGGGAGCUUUGACUCGCCGAGUGACCACGACCAUGGAAAAGGCCAUCAUACGUACGGAUUUCUUGACAUGGGCGGAGCCUCCGCCCAGAUUGCAUUUGCUCCUAAUGCGACUGAGAGCGAAAAGCAUGCGAAUGAUCUAACCCUGCUCCGGCUGCGCAAUAUUGACGGAUCUACCCAGGAGCACCGAGUGUUUGUAACUUCGUGGUUGGAAUUUGGAGUACGCGAAGCACGCCGGCGUUACUUGGAUUCAUUGCAGAGUGCGCUAAGUGCCGACAAUGUCAAAGAACUUCCCGAUCCAUGCCUCCCAGCCGGUCUUCGAACGACCCUUGAUGGGAGACCUCUAGAAGAUUCUGAGACGAAGCAUUAUCUCUUGGGUACUGGAAAGUUUGAUGAGUGUUUGCGAGGAACAUAUCCACUUUUGGACAAGGAUGCUCCUUGUGAAGACCAACCUUGUCUACUUCACGGCGUUCACGUUCCAGCAAUUGACUUUGACGUCAACCAUUUUGUUGGCAUCAGUGAGUACUGGCAUACUACACAUGAGGUUUUCGAAAUGGGUCAUACGGAUAAAGCAUACGACUUCAAUACAUAUCAACACCGCGUCGAGGAGUUUUGCUCGCAGGACUGGGAGUCUAUCGAGCAAGGUAUUGCCGAACACAAGUGGGGAAAGAAGUUGGAUCGCGAACUAGCAUAUGAAGUAUGCUUCAAGGCAUCGUGGAUCAUCAACGUUUUGCACGAUGGCAUCGGGGUUCCCCGUGUUGGCUUGGAAUCAACAUCAGCGUCUUCUGUCAACGGAACCAAAGAAGUUCUGGAGAAUGGGAUGCACAAAGGCUUCCUAGAUCCUUUCCAAGCGGUUAACAAAAUUGAUUCUACCGAAGUCAGCUGGACUCUUGGCAAGAUGGUUUUGUAUGCUGCAUCGCAGGUUCCUGUGGAGACAGCAGAAUCCCUUCCUGUCGGUUUCGGCAGCAACGUUGCCGGCGUUCCUAGUGAUUUCCAAUACCCUAGUGCAGAAUUGCUGCCUAAUCCGGAGACCCUUCAUGGCGAGUCAUGGCAGGAUGCGCUUCUGGAGGGCAACUCAUCGCGUAGGAUACCAGGAAUCAUCCUCUUUGUCCUAAUUAUCAUUCUAGCCUUGUUCUUGCUCUGUGGUCGGACCCGGCGACUAAAGGUUUACCACAAGGUCAACAACCUGUUCAGUUGCGGACGCGGUCCGCGCUUGAUCCAGCAAAGAAAGCGCAAGGCAUCCGCCCCCAUCAAGCCGUCAUUCUUUGGUCAACGGGCGCCGUCUUAUGAGCGUAUCUUGGAAGAAGGAGCUCAAGACAUCGAGCUUGGGGGCUCUGAAUCAAGCCGUUCCUCAUACGAUCACGUUUCAGAUACCGACUCUACAGCAUUUUUGCCACCGAAACGAACAUCUAGCUGGGGACAGAGCAGUCCCGCACGCCCUCACUUCAACCACGAUAACUCCUCUUCGGCGACCGUCGGUCUGGGUAUCAGUGCCGCACCCGGGCUUUCCUCCAUUGACCGUAAUGGCCUUGUCGUAAGGACGGAAAGCAGGGACCACCUAGCUCCGAUUGCAUUAGGCCCGACGACAAACGGGCGCCGGUCCAGGGCACCCAGUCCGUCACGCUCGCAUUCUCAUAAGUCGCCUAGCGCGACACCAUUACAUGAUUAAUGUUAAUGUCUGAUAUUGAGCAUUAUAGCAUACCAUAUGGCGUUUCCGGCAUUGCUGAUCAUUUAGUACCACACAGGCAUUAGUGUGGCCGGCGUUCAUCUGUUUCACUCCACAUGUACUCAGGCAUACAUUUUUAUCGGCGCAAUAUUGCUCAUUUCUGUCUCUUGGACACUUGGAGUUGAUUGUAGGUUAUGUGACUUCUUUUAGCUAGGUAGGCGCGUCAUGAUCCUGGCCAAAUCAUUGUCAAAUAAAUACAAAAUAAC